AUGAAUCAUAUGAUGGCAUUUGUGGCAGCUAAUGUUGCUCGAAUCAAACGAACAGGCAUGACUACAAUUUUAGGCAUGUUGAAUAUUUUACCACCAGUUCAAAUUGAAAAGUGGAACAAAUAUCAGAAAAUAUAUUCAAAUGCUUUAGAUGUUGUGAAAGAUGAAAGUCUUGGAAGAGUCGCAGAAGAAGCAGCAGAACAAUCAUCUGAAGCUGCUGAUCAUGAAGGAGUUACAAAUAUCAAAGUUUCAAUUGAUGGUACUUGGCUAACUCCUCGUGGUCAUUCUAGUUUGCAUGGAGUCGCAACUGUUUGUUCAACAGCGGAUCCACCAAAAGUAUUAGACUUCGAAUGUCUAAGUCGGCCCUGCACUACUUGUUCUGGCUUAUUAGCGAUUAGAGAACACAAUCCUGAAAUGUAUCAACAACUUUUAGCAGAACAUAUCGAGAGUGGUUGUGAAGUUUAUAUGAAACUAUAA